AUGUACACAGUCUACAUACGCUUCUCGUACUUCUUCAAAUGGCUGCUUCUGAGACUGCCAGUUUCGCUGUGCAGGAGAAAAGGCCGCUUUGACCUGUACACUUUUGGUGUUAGAUAUGAGCCACGACGCUGCGGCCUUCUAUGUCCGGAGGAGGAGUCUUCCCUGGAUGACAUCUGCUCCUCUUCUCCAUGUUCUGACAAGUCCUUGCAGGGUGAUGAUGGAGAGAAGUGCGGCGAGGAGUUGGAAGAUGAGAUGCUCGUCUGGGCCAGCACUGAGCGCGGCGAGUGCCUGCUGGCACGCGUGCGCCGUCAGCCUUCUAGGGGGACGGCUGAAGCGUGGCUCUACAUGCGUACCGCCGACGGUCACAGUUAUGUGCUGCCAACCGGCAGCCAGAACACAGCUGACUGUUCACACCGUGGCGUGUACGCUGCCUCGGGUUUGCGACUCGAGCAGUUGGUACCCAUGCGCCGCUGGAGAGUCGCGUUCAAUGGACUGCUCAGGUGUACAACGCGUGGAGGUGUUAUGGCUCACGUUCAGCUUGGCCUUGUGUGCAAGACAUCCUCCCAUGUUUUCGAACACCGAGCUCAUUUUCCGGCGAACUUCGUGGCCCGGCAACUGGCUGGCCAGAGCUGGACAAAGCAUGGAAUCCCCAAUGUGAACAGACUUCUGGACGAGGUCGACGGCUACGCACAGCUUGUUUUCUGCACGGGGUCUGUCAGCGUGGACAGCGAAACACCGCGAGAGCUGUUCCUUUGGGGUUUUCGUAUCAGGAGUAUUGAAAAUGGCAGCCCGCCACUGCGCUCUUUUGGCCACAUUAUGGGCAGGACUAAAAGUGGGAUCACCUUCUUUGUUCGAGAGGUCGGUAUUCAUGGCUUGACAGAAAGGUACCAGACGGGCCUAGUCGCCCUCCCCUCUACGGAAAUUGGUCCUGUGACAGACUGCAGCCGACGGAUAUUGACGGAUGGCUUGGGCUUCAAGAAACACUUUAUGCUCGAAUUCGGGCCGGGCCUGAACCAUUUUCACUUGGACGUGCGUUCUGACUGCCAGCCACUGGAUGAACAACUGUUGGACGCAUGCUGUCGCGGUCAGAACGCUGAGGUGGCACUCAGCUGGUUUCCAUGCAUGGUCAACGAAUACCCAGGAUGCUUGUUGCACUUAUCAAGUCCGAGGCAAAGUUCAAGUCGGUGCUCAUUGGGGGAGAAGAAGCUCGUGACACCUCUUCUUCUCACGCUUCAUGAUGGAGACAAAGCUCCACCCAGAUGCACGGACACGCUGUCACUGGAUGAGGACGCUUGCCGCAGCUCCUGGUGGGCUGGAGGUAAGGGUGCUUCCCUCGCAUCCCUCAGGCUGCUCGCCAAGCACGGAAUGCAGAUGAGCGUUCCUGAGGGGUUUGUCGUCACUACGGCAGCCUAUGAAAAAUUCUCCAGGCAUCCGGACGUUCGGUCAGCUGUGCAAAGCCUUUCAAAAAUCAAAAGCUUCACAGAAUCAGACUCUAUCGAGGCAUGCAACAAGGUGGUCCGAUUCCUUGAGUCUGCCCCCCUACCGGACGAGGUACAGGCUGCCAUCAGAAGUUCUUAUGCCAUUGUUUUUGGAGAAGCGUCACCUGACCUUCGCGUCGCAGUGAGAUCAUCGGCUGUUGGAGAGGACUCCGAGGACAUGUCGUCAGCAGGCCAAAUGGAAACGUUCCUUGCCGUCACUGGCGUGGAUGAGGUUAUGAAGACGGUAGCAAAGUGUUGGUCUUCGCAGUUCAGCCACAUCGCAUGCGGUUACAAACGGCGCUGCGGUCAGCCCCUAGACUCUCCGAUGGCCGUGGUCGUGCAGGCGAUGGCGCCGGCGGAAGUGGCGGGCGUCCUCUUCACCUGCGACAGCCGCACGGGCGACCCCAGGCGCAUCCUCAUCACGGCCAACCACGGGCUCGGAGACUCAGUCGUCUCUGGCAAGACCGAUCCGGAUACACUGGUACUAGAGCGCUGUAUGAAGACCGGGGACAUAAAAGUGGCUGAGAUCUGCGUCGGCGCCAAACAACACCAGACGGUGGUGCUCGAUGGCGGGGGCACCCAGCUCCAGCCAGUGAAGCACACGAAUGGACCAAGCUGCUGCUUGUCCCAAGAGCAGAUCAGACUGUUGGGACGGCUCGCAGAACAGCUGGAGAGUGCAUUCAGCGGUCCGCGAGACGUGGAAUGGGCUUUCAAGGGUGACACGCUCUACGUACUGCAGGCACGUCCAGUGACGUCAUUGUACCUGCCAACGGACGUGGAGCUGAUGCACGAACUGGACGAAGGAUUCCGGACGUCUGAUGAAUGCCUUACGAAAGCAAACAUCGGGGAAGUCGUCAACUGCGCUCAGAGCCCCCUGGGAUCAGCGAUAUUCACCAAUGGGUUGUUGGUCAGCAACAAGGAAGAAAACCACGAGAGGGCCAAGAGGUUUCACAACCCUUACCACGAUCGUUUCUUCGUCACAGCAGUGGGCAACGUUUUCUUCCCGGCGUCGAACGACAUAUUCAACAUGCGGGGAGACGGAGCCUUGCGCAAGGGCGUUGCGUACGCCAUGCGUGGCGGCUGCAUGGAGGACGAGGACGUCAAUCGGCUUAUGGUCGAGCGUGCCAAGUUGCGGUUUGCUGUUGCCCAAUUCUUCAGCGUUCGCAAGCUGCUGACGGAACUGUGGAACUGCGAAAAGCUCGUGAAAGAUGGUUACAAGAAGUACUAUCACAUGAAGAUUCCAGUUGGCGAAGGAGAUGACUCAUACAAGAUAUUCCAGGAGAUCUGUCAGAAACUCGUCGUGAUUUCCAGGUCUGUCAAAGUUCACGGGGCCACAAAUAUGAAUUCAGUCAUUGCCAACAGCCUGGCGUUCACAAUGCUUGCUAAGUUUCGUGGAGAGUGGUCAGACAGAGUACUUUCCGACUUCGGGUCUCUGAUGACCUCUGCUGGCGACGUGUGGAGCGCGGAGGUGCCCUGCGCAUUGCAGAAAAUUGCGGCGGAAAUUAGCAGACAUCCAGAAGCUGAGGAGUUCAAGAGCAUGGACACUGAGGUUGCUCUGCGCUGGCUUCAUGAGAAUGACGCUGGAAAUAUUUUCAGGGAGUUUCUUCGGCGCCAUGGCCACCGCUGCAUCAAUGAGUUGGAUGACUAA